AUGGUGGAGAUGCGCGCGCUGACGAAGCGUUACGAAGAGGGGACCGAGGCGCGCUCAGUCAUCGAGCGCGCAGACGCCGAGAUUCAUCGCGGCGAAUUCGUCGCGCUUGCGGGUCCCAGCGGCUCCGGCAAGACCACGCUGCUCAACCUCAUCAGCGGAAUUGACACGCCAACAAGCGGAGAUGUGCUGAUAGACUCCGUGCCUAUUACGAAACUCUCUGAGAAAGAUCGCACGCUAUUCAGGCGAAAGAACAUCGGCUUCGUCUUCCAGUUCUUCAAUCUGAUUCCUACACUGAGCGUAAAGGAGAACCUACUUCUGCCACUCCAGCUCAAUAGCUUUCCAAGCGCCGAGUCGGACGAUAGAGUCAUGUACCUGCUGGAACGGAUUGGCAUGGGAGAUCGGAUUGACAGCUAUCCGGACAGGCUUUCAGGCGGCGAGAAGCAGCGCGUUGCCAUUGCCCGCGCUCUCGCCCACAACCCGCCGCUCAUCCUUGCCGACGAGCCUACCGGCAACCUCGACGCCGAUACGGGUAGGGCGAUCCUGUCCCUUCUAAAGAGCCUUAUAGAUGGCAGCGGCAAGACGAUGGUCAUCGUGUCUCACAGUGAUGUAGUCGCGGGGAUGGCAGAUCGAGUGCUUGCAAUGGAGGAUGGGAAGCUGGUGGAACGAAUCCGAGGCGAUGGAUAUGUCAAUAAUCGACUGGAUUCUUGA